CUCAGCCGUCGAUGGAAGAAGUGGUACCAAAGUGGCCAUUAAGAAGCUGUACCGCCCGUUUCAGUCUGAACUCUUUGCCAAACGAGCCUACCGAGAGCUGCGCCUCCUCAAACACAUGAAACAUGAAAACGUCAUUGGAAUAUUGGAUGUGUUCACACCAGAUGUAACACUGGAGAAAUUUAAUGACUUCUACCUUGUCAUGCCAUUUAUGGGAACAGACUUGAGUAAGAUAAUGAAGCAUGAGAAACUAACUGAAGACCGAAUCCAGUUCCUGGUAUAUCAGAUGUUGAAAGGCUUAAAGUAUAUUCACUCAUCAGGCAUAAUUCACAGGGACCUAAAGCCUGGAAACUUGGCAGUAAAUGAAGACUGUGAAUUGAAGAUUCUGGAUUUUGGAUUGGCGAGGCAUACAGACAGUGAGAUGACCGGUUACGUGGUUACAAGGUGGUACAGAGCCCCAGAGGUCAUACUUAACUGGAUGCAUUAUACGCAAACAGUUGACAUCUGGUCUGUGGGCUGUAUAAUGGCUGAGAUGAUAACGGGGAGGCCUCUGUUCAAAGGAAAUGAUCGUAUCCUUCAGUGA